UAUCUCAGAGAAACUAUGAGAGUAAUCAUCAUAUUCUUAUUGCUUAGAAUCGGGUUUUCUGUCGCUGAUUUCUCUACCAUCCGAGGAAGCUUUGGAUUAGACUAUCCAAUAGAGGACUGGCCAGAAGCAUUGACUGAAACAGUAUAUUUUCAAAAUUCGAACGCCAGGAUUGUUGGAGGGGAGGAGGCAGAGGUUGGUGAAUUUCCCUGGCAGGUUUCUCUUCGUAACUUUCUGUCUGGUAUUUCACAUUUCUGCGGGGGAACCAUUAUACAUCCUUCAUGGAUUCUUACUGCAGCUCAUUGUCUGGAUGGACUGACUCCUAUUCAGUAUGAGGUUGUGGCAGGACAGCACAACAUUCAUCUACCAGAUAUUCAUGAAGAGAUCCGACGAAUUGAUCUAGGAAUAAUGCACCCUAACUACACUUGGAAUGAUAAGGAGUUUGAUAUUGGAUUAGUCAAGUUGAAUUCCCCUCUUAGAAUGACAGAUUAUAUAAAGAGUAUAAAUCAGAGCUUGAAUAUUGAACCUGAGGCUGGUGUAUUGUGUACAACAACAGGCUGGGGAGUUACUGAGGAGGGAGGAAUGUUCCUAGCUGGAAACCUACAGAAGGUUGAGGUGCCCAUAGUGGCUGAUGAAGACUGUUUUAUGAAGUAUGGAUAUCUCAUGAGAGAUAACAUGAUUUGCGCCGGGGGAGAGGAUGGCAAGGAUUCUUGCUCUGGAGACAGUGGAGGCCCAUUAGUCUGUCCCCUUGGUCCUGCUGGUGAGGUUGUUCUAACAGGAGUAACUUCAUGGGGUCAGGGCUGUGGAAGGCCAGAUAAGCCUGGUGUGUACACUGAAGUAGCUUAUUUCUUGGAAUGGAUUGAAGAAACAAUUGCUGUAAAUAGCGAUUAGUUGGGACGAUGCAAUUGCUGAUAAGAGCAAUUAGUUGGAAACAAACAAAGAAUGUUUAAAAAGUUUUUUUUGCACAACAUAUAAAUACAAAAUUUUCAAAAUGA